GCGAGCUCAGACCGUGAAGGCCUUCGCCUGGAGUGGCUGCGCUUAGGAUUUUGAUCGAACUCGGCACGAGAGGCCAAACUCUAUGAUACGAAACCCCAUCUUGUCAAAGUGACGUUGAAAGUAGCCUAAGUGAGCCAAAACCAUGAGGUUUGAUGACGUCAUCGAAGAGAUUGGCGGCUUCGGUCGUUACCAGAAGCUCCAGUACUUCCUGGUGUGUUUGUUCGGGUUCCCUGCGGCGUUCCAGACCAUGGUCACGGUGUUCAUUAUGGACACACCCGAUCACAGAUGCGCGGUGCCUGGUAUAAAUGACACGUACAAGAGACAGAAUGAGGCACAUACGAUUGCUGUGGACGCCGCAGUUCCAAGAGAUGAAGAUGGGGCGUAUUCGACUUGUGAAUUGUACAGUUCGACAUUGUUUGUGACAACAAGAUUCUGAAAACCCACGCCAACAUGGCUCUGAUGGGUGGUCUCCUCGGCGGCUCCUUGAUCAUGGGCAUUCUCUCCGACUU